AAACACUUUUGUGUAUCUCGUUAACGGGUGCACGCACUUUAACGGUGGUAGCACUCGCGCUCCAUCCUCUCUGACAGCCUCACAAAGUAGGGUUCCAUCCUCGUCAUGGCAUCUGAAGAGCUCGCACGAAAGCUGCAAUCGCGGCUUUCUGCUACACAGGAGGCCGUACCGAGGCCCGAGCCCGAACAGAGCCCUGUCCGACCCAAACCGCAGGGGUCAGAUGCUGCCUGUGGAGAUUCAUCAUCCGAGCUAUCCGCCAAACUGACGCGUAGGCUGGACAUCAACGAGGGCAACGCUGCACCACGAGCGACCCGGGUCUUCAACCCUUACACCGAGUUCAAAGAGUUCUCCCGCAAGCAGAUUAAGGAUAUGGAGGGAAUGUUCAAGCGGUAUGACACUGGGAAAGAUGGCUUCAUCGACCUGAUGGAGCUAAAGCUGAUGAUGGAGAAGCUGGGAGCUCCACAGACUCACCUGGGCCUGAAAAAUAUGAUCAAAGAAGUGGAUGAAGACUUUGAUGGCAAACUAAGCUUCAGGGAGGUGAGGAAGUAGUGCAAACACUUUGGGAAUUGCUCCAAACAGCCACAUUUCAGAUAGAAAAGCUGACCCAUCACAAAGAGAUGUAGCAACUAGUCUUGGUUGUUGUGU